AUGGAGGAAGGGGACCAGGCGACUGACGCAGCAGAGACCAGUGCGCUCGCUGCGAACACGCUGACUCGAGAAGAACAGCCCGACGAACGGAGCAAAAACGAAGUGACGCUGCUCGAAAUAAAAAGGAAAGUCCAAAACGAGAAGGAGGCACAGAAGGACGACAAUAAACAGAGAAAGUUCAAAAUAAUUAAUUACACAUCCAAGGAUAGUCUUGUGAGCAAAGUGGAAAAGGAAUUCUUCCUUUUCUUUUGUUUCCUCUGCGGUUUUAAUUGCCUAAUUAGCGAAACAGACGUUGCAGAUUUGCCAAGAAGGAAGACUGACGGAUCGAUCAUAUUUCCCUUUAAAAAAAUUGUUCACAAAAAAUAUUAUAAAACGAAAAAGGAAUGUAUCCUCAUACGAAGAAGGGAAGACGCGUUGGAAGUUCAGUUUCGAAUUCUAUGCAAAGAGUGUGGCGUUCCCAUUGGGUACGUUAACAGCCUUGCCGAUGACAACGCGUACGUUUAUUACUAUGACUAUUCCUUCGUUCGCAGCCAGACGAAGUCGCGCCUUUUUAAGGACGUCUCGCUGAAGGGUCAAGACAAUUCUGCAGAUAUCCAGCACAGUGGCGGCCGCUCGAGUCUAGAGGGCCCGCGGUUCGAAGGUAAGCCUAUCCCUAACCCUCUCCUCGGUCUCGAUUCUACGCGUACCGGUCAUCAUCACCAUCACCAUUGA